AUGGGAGAAUACAUCCCUCGUUUUGAACAACGUGAAGGUGAUCAGAGAGGCUAUGGACCACAACGUCUCCCAACUUUGGGAGCUGUGCCAGUUCGCAAUGAAAAAGGACAACUUGUCAUGCAGAAAGUCAAAGUACAACGAUAUAUCGCGGGAAAAUUGCCGAACUAUGCAAAAGAUGAUGCUACUGAUUCCGAGGAUGAAGCAAAGGACGAUAGGAAACGACGGGAGAGCAGGUUUGACAAAGAAGAACGGCCAAAAGAAAGACAUAGACGUGACAAAGACGAAGACCGAGAACAGAGACGUCGUGAUCGACACCGCGAAGAAAGCAGCCGCGUGAUUGAAGAACCUGAGAUCCUUGCGAAGGAGGAGUCUGACAGUGAUGCGGAAGCCGCCGAGCAACGCCGACAACGAGCUCGUCUGAGAAGAUUAGAAAUUGAGCAGCAACAGCAGCAGGAGGAGGAUGAUGACGCAGGAAGUGAUGAAGAGGAAUUUGAACGGCGACGACAAAUGAUUAGAGAACGAGCCAAGCAGAGGGAGUAUGAAGAAAUCAAAGCAAAGGAAGAAAUCAAAGAGGAAUUGGAAGAUGAAGAAGAAGAGGAGGAGGAAAGUGAGGAGGAAUCAAGUGAGGAAGAGGAGGACGACACGUUACCUCGGUUGAAACCGGUAUUCGUUCGCAAGAAAGAUCGCAUUACACUGCUCGAAGCAGAAAAAGAAAAACUGGCGCAGGAGCUACUAAAAAAAGAGGAAGAGAGGAAAAAAGAGGAACGAAAACGGGAUAGCAUAAGGCUGGUACAACAAGUAUUGCGCGAGGAGGAUGAGAUGGAAAAGCGAAAAAAGGAGGAGAAUAUUGAGUUGGGUUCUGUACCUACUGAUGACGAAAGCGAAAACGUUGCUUACGAGACAUGGAAGUUGAGAGAAAUGAAACGACUGAAAAGAAAUAGGGAAGAACGUGAGCAGUUGGCAAAGGAGAAGGCUGAAUUCGAACGCGUUCAUAACAUGACAGAAGAGGAACGAUUGAAGUACUUGCGGGCUAAUCCAAGAGUUAUUACCAAUCAGGCCGUCAAAGGCAAGUACAAGUUCUUGCAAAAGUAUUACCACCGUGGUGCGUAUUACCUUGAUCAGGAAGAUGAGGUGUAUAAGAGGAACUUUGCUGAAGCUACAGCCGAUGAUGUGUUCGAUAAGACGGUGCUCCCUAAAGUUAUGCAGGUGAAAAACUUUGGUAAAGCCUCACGUACGAAAUACACGCAUCUCACAAAUGAAGACACUACUGAUCAUCAAGGUGUAUGGGCAAGCGCAAACAAUCUCAAUGUACAGUUCUUCAACAAAAAAGCCGAUUGUUUCUCUCUGUCGAGGAAUAGGGUUAAUACCCUGAUCAAUAUUUUGAAACAACAAAUUUGUCAACAACAACAGUCAAUGGAUAUGGAAGUCGAUGGAGCGAACGCUUCAACUGAACAAAGGCAAACUGAUGGGAGCGCUGCCGCUUCUGCUGCUGCCAAUGCUGAAGGAGGAGUGACAAAGCCAACCGCUCAAGUUGCGCCGACGCCGAUCCAGCCCCCUCCACCAUCUCAACCCGGUUUGCCUAACUAUUCCCUUUUGAUGACGCUAAAUGGCCAUCAGAAGUCAGUGGCGUCACUGAAAUUCUCGCCUUGUGGUGCGUAUAUCGCAUCUGCCUCAGCUGAUACUACUGUGCGUGUAUGGUUCGUGAAGGAUGGCAAACCGAUGAAGACGUUGAAUGGACACAAAAUCGGUAUUAACGAUGUGGCGUGGAGUCCGAACUCGUUGUUUCUGGCUUCAGCCUCUGAUGAUAAGACUGUGCGAAUUUGGGAGGUCGAAACUGGAAAAUGCAUAAAAACGCUUAAAGGGCAUACAAACUACGUCUUCUGUUGUGCAUACAAUCCUCAGUGUACGAUGGUAGCCUCUGGAUCUUUCGACGAAACUGUACGGAUUUGGGACUUGCGAACGGGACUUUGCACAAAGGUCCUACCUGCUCAUGCUGAUCCAGUCUCGGCAGUGUCUUUUAAUCGUGACGGCACCCUGUUAUGUUCGAGCUCGUAUGAUGGCUUAGUGAGGAUUUGGGAAACAGCGAAUGGGCAGUGUGUGAAGACGUUGGUUGACGACGAUAAUCCACCGGUCGCGUUUGUGAAAUUCUCACCCAACGGCAAGUACAUAUUGGCGUCCACCCUCGACAGUACUUUGAAAUUGUGGGACUUUACAAAAGGCAAAUGUCUGAAGACCUAUACCGGCCAUGUGAACCAGAAGUACUGUAUUUUCUCGAACUUCUCCGUAACUGGUGGGAAAUGGAUUGUGUCGGGCUCUGAAGACAAGAAGAUCUACAUCUGGAAUCUGCAGACCAAAGAAGUUGUACAAACGAUCGAUUGCCAACAGGAUGUCGUUUUGGCCACUGACUGUCACCCUACACAGAACAUCAUCGCAUCAUCAGGUCUGGAGUCCGAUUUUUCGAUUCAUUUGUGGAAAAGUGAUUUCUAA